AAAAGGCGCGGGCAGAGGAGGAGCGCGAUGACACGCUCUGCGGCACGCCGCUCUAUCUCAGUCCGUGAGUGUCUUUGUCGCCCAGGGCUGACCUCGCUAACCCUCUUGGCAGCGAGACGACGACGCAACGGCGAACAGGUCCACACGUGGACAUCUGGGCACUUGGCUGUCUGGCCGUCCUGCUGCUCACCGGAGAGGCGCCCUUCGACGCACCUGCUCCAGGCGAAGGCGGCGACACGGACCAGGCGCGCGUGAUGCGCGUCCUGGAGCGCAUCGCGCUUGGCGACUGGGAGAGCGUGCGCGCACGCUUGAAGGUCUCUCGGCCAUGCGAGGACCUGCUGCAGCGCAUGCUGUGCUUUGUGAGUUGGUGGCUCGAGCAGACGCGCACUCACCGGUGCUGAAACCUUCUGUACAGGAGCACGAGAAGCGCAUCGAUGCGCCUGGCAUGCUGCGUCACGCCUUCCUGGCGCCUCUCUCCCCACACACUGCCCCGGCGGAUGGCAGCCGCAGGUCACGACAGAGCGCACAGCCCAGUCCUGAAAGCGCGACAGACGACGAUGGCGAUGCGGCUGCCCAGCGCGUGCCACGCAAAGUAGCAGGCGCUCAGCCAGUCGCCCAACGAGCGGCACGACUCAGCGCGCCGCCAUCAACGGUGGCGAUGCCUGUCUCCAAGCCACGGGCUAGCCAAGAAGGUCGCCGGGUCCCGAGCACAGCCAGUCUCUCGGCCUGGGCACAGCUCCGUGCUAGGUCUAGCUCUGCGAAUCUCGAAGCGGGCGCGGCUAGCCGCACGCCAAAGUCAAGCACGCGCACACGCUCCGCCUCUCGCUCUGGCUCAGCGGCACCAUUAAGCCGAGGUGUCUCGCUGCGCGCUGCGCUACAGAGCAUGAGUCUGACGCCGGAGAGUGCACUUGACUCUGGGCGAGCAUCAGGCCCUGGACGCCUGCUCGGGCAACGCACGCCCUUCGGCAUCAUCCGGCCACCGAACGUGCCGAUGGAGGCCGAGCAGCUGGACGAUGAGGCUGAGGACAGCGGCGAAGACGCAUCGUAUGUGCCCCGACAAGCUGCACGGCCUCACGAGCAGUCUGCAAAGCACCACGUCCCAGCAACUUCGCCUGGUCCAAGCCACGCCUCCGCACCCUGGGAGCCCGGGCCCUGGGCAGGCGGGCUCGGUGCCCGCGGCCUCGUUCCGACGCGGCAGCGCACGCGAAUGGGCCGGCUGGAAACGCGCAGCGACGGUGCCGUGCUCGCCACUGUCGGCGUCGGUGGUGCGGAGAGCAAGGAGGUGCACAUGCUCAUUGCGCCGGACGGCGCUCGAGUCCGCGUCGAAGUAUUCGCCGACGACACCGUCGGCGCAGCAGCCUCGACACUCGACGUGACACGAGAAGACAUUCCUGAACCUCUGCGGCCGAUCUACCUGCACGCCUCGCGCUGGCUGAGCCGACUCCGCGCACGCACACCGCUGGCCGCCUUCGUGGUGCACGACGCAGAGCUCGGCGCCGCGACCUGCACGGUGAUGGCGAACGUGCCUCAGCCAGAUUACGUGCUGCGCUGGAGCCUGAGCAAGCGCGAGGGCAGCAAAACGACGCAGGCGUCUGAGGCCUGCGCUGGCGAGCUCGUGGUGUCGAUCAGCGAAGGCAGCCGCAAGGCACGAGUCUGGCGCCGCUGCGUCGUUCAGCCUCGCACAGCAGGCGCCGACGAGGCCGCCUGGGCACGGACGACGUUGCGGCUCAGCCGACCGUCCGGCCAUACUGCACCUCUCGCCUUCGACGCCCACUCGCCCGUCGCGCGCGGACUCGCCAACCUCGAGCGUGCUGCCCUCGUCCUCGCGCUCGACUGCGCGCCCGCAGCACGCAGCAUCGCCCUCGAGGCGCUGGCUCUCUGAUCCCGUCUCGUUAAUGCUAUGCCAUUGGCGCGCCGGGCGCCUAUGCCUCAGCGUCUUCGACACGUGCGCGCUUGUCGCUGGAUGCGUCUGGCGUGGCGUCGAUCGGCAGCUCCUCGGCCUUGCGCUUGCCAGCCGAGCUCUCCGCAGCGCCCUCUGCCGCCGGCGCGAUCGACGCAGCU